AUGUCCCAUGGUGAGUGAGUAGCACCACAAUCUUUUGUGACAUAACCAUGUGAUCCUUCAAAAAUGUUUAUAUUUUUAUCUGUAUAAAAGAAAAAAUGGCAUUGUUCCAAUUUCACUGGUUAACAAGAUUAAUUAAAAGACACACAAAACCAAUUCCGGAAGGGACUGCUGAUUUAUGGAAGCGUCGACUGUCUUACUUGUACGCGAUAAUAGCAUGGAAUGCGUUCGGAUUUGUAGCUUACAGUUGUUAUACUGGAAACCAGGAUUGGGCGAAACGUUUUAAAUCUCCGGCGACAUUGGAAUCAUCACCAGCACGACAAUGGACACAAACCUUAAAAAUAAAAGAUGCAACAGUAUACAAGAUCUCUGGAUCAAAUCUUUCAAGAUAUGAAAUUCACAAUGAAUUCCCAGCAGAAGAUGAAGCGGAAAAGUAGAGGAUUUUGGGCAUAAAUAGUCAAACAUUUUAUGAUUUGGUACUUCAGCGUAGAGUGCAAAUAAUUAAUCUAUAAGGUAAAAAUAAAUAUUUCAACAAUAA